UACAUGGGGAAAAAUAUUCAUCUUCCUGUAAUUUUAAGACUGUGGACGUUGUGUGUCCUUGUGUGUCUGUACACUAAUUGUUAUGUCUAGUACCUGUUUCCUCGUCACAUUACGUGCCAUCCUUUUUUAUGCCAAAAUAACGCUUGCAGUGAGCUGCAUUUCGAAUAGGCAGCUUUGCUUUCUCUGCUUCACUUCUCAUCUUAAUGUCCAUAUGAGUGAAUCAAUGCCUGGCUUUCCUUUCCGCCGUCGCCCAAAUGUGUUUUUGUUAUCAGUACACGUGAAGUUAAACAGAGACUUCAUCUUCAUGGUGUAUUCUUUGUCUGUUCACUUGAUCGUCAAACGGAGUCAGACAUCAGGCCCAUGGAGAUCUCACUACUUCAAGUUCCAAGCAAACGGAAUAGAUAGGUUAAAAUGUUUUACCGGAUCAUUCUUUGUUAGUAGGCCUCUUUACUUAAUUCCGCCACAGUUUUGGGUAGUUUUACUUAUCCACAUGUUUGCUUUCAGGAAAAUGUAUUACGUACAUUGGAAAUAAAACUUAGAAAGAUUCAUAAAAUUGUUGUGAACAGAAAGAAUAUGUUCGCAAGUCUAAAGAACCAAUACUGAGUAUUCUUCAAAACAUGGGGGUAGAGUUUUAUAUUAUUGCAUGAAUAAGAGAUUUCUUUAAUAAGAAUUCUCAAUAAAUCUUGUCACUAAGCAUCUCAACACUCUAAAGAUCUAAGAGCUGCGGUUGCUGUCCCUGAAGUUUAAGUGGCAGAAAAUUCAGUUAUUGUUUUAGGGUACAGUUGUUUUUUCCGGUCGGUAGCUCGCUUGAACUCUAUAAGCGGUUGCUUUAAAACUGCUAAGUUUGGCGGGUUUCCCUGCUUUCAUUAGAUUGUCUAGUCACAAUACAUGUUUAGGUACUUGAUCUGAUUUUCUUUGGCCACAUAACGCUUUCAUGUGCAUGGAGUGGACGUGUUCUGAGGCUCAUUUAAGUCGUUUUGUUUGUCUUAUAUUUUCAGGCUAAAACUGUUACUUGGCUGACCUAAUUUGUUAUGUUCUUACUAACAAAUCUGUUUCCUCUUUGGAUUCGUCUGACAAAUUUAUAUUCCAGACAUUUUAACUGUCCGAAUAUCGUUUUCUAGCCCAUUAUGUUCUUCAACUUCCUCGGCUUUUUGAUUUUCUCUAAUUGCAUCGUUCUGGGUCACUCUUUGUAUUCAGUAGCAUUUGAGUGUGGCAAACCGGCCAUUUAUUUGAACAAUGAGUUUUGGGUGACGGAUUUUACUCAGGAUUGCCUUGAGGAUGAAUUGUCGAUCUUGAAUUAUUGUAAGAAAGUAUACAGAGAAAGGAACAUAACCGCAGUCGUCGCCUCUCCUCCUAUUGACGUGGUACUGUCAGGUUGGUGUGAGUUCGAACAUAGAAAACUUGCAAAGUGUCAAAAAGUCGAUGGUGAACGACAUGAGAUUAGGCCAUUUAUAUGCCUUGAUAAUAUCCCGAUGUCCAAAUUGUUUACUCCUGUUGGUUGUCAGUUAAGCAGCCUUGAUAAUGAUCGGAGUUACGUCUGUGAAAACUACAAGUUCUGGGAGAAUUCCACCCGAGAAGCUUGCCUGAGACGCAACAUGCGAUUUCAGAACUAUCUACCAUUCAAACCUUGUAUCAGAGAAAAGGACUUUGGUUCUAUGUAUUUUGCGGCUGCUAAAGUAGUGUGUUGUGAAAAUCUUGACUCUGAAUUUACAAAUUCUGCUGUCGUUAUGAAACCACUUACCAACCUUGGAAACAAGACCAGUUCAAUGUCCCAUAAACUCAAUCGCUUGGGUAAUAAAUUAACUUCCACCGAGAAUGAUGCCUGGGAUAGUGACAAAACUGUCACUUAUUAUUUGUCAUCCACGAAACAAAAUUCUUCUUCUGGUUUAUUAAUACCUGAGCGUGAACGUUAUAGUCAAGCUAAAUUAGCAUUGAGUAAUGACUUACACAAACGGGAAAAAGUGCUAGAGCAAGAAUUUUCAAAUGAAGAAUCACUGAUUUCACCUGAAGACUGGCUGAACGAACCAGUUAAAAGUCAGCUCGAGGAGGACAGUUUAGUUCAAGAGUUUCGGAGUAAAUUUAUUAAAUUGGAAAAUCAGUCGGAACGAGAUCGGGAGACUUUGGAAACAAUUCAUCAUCAGCGAAUUGAAGCUCAAAUGCUUGAACGCAGAAAUGCAAUGCAGAAUGCAUGGGAAAAGGCUAUGAAUAUUAAAAAUCCAAAUAAUUUCACACUGUUUGAAACGCUAAAGCGUUUAUUCCAAGUUGUUGAACAUGACCGCAGUCACUAUGUUAAACGAUUCGAACAUUUACGCAAUAUGGAGCUACCUGAAGCUGCUCAACAAUUAGCAUCUAUUAAGGACAGAUUGGUUGAACUUGAUAUUUUGCUUAAUAAAAGUUUGGAAAAAAUAAAUCUGCAUCCAGAACUAAACUCAUCUUUGUUAACUUAUGCAAAUUAUCUUCGAAAUAACAAAUAUCGCAAAUUGGAAGCUCCGUCAAAAGCUGUUUUAUUCGCCGAUAUUACCUUACCAGAUAUGAUUAAACUGCCUACAUUUCAAGAACAGGCAUCAUUAAAAGCUGAAAAGAUUAUAGCCAAACAUCGUCAUCAUCUAGAACCGUUAUAUUUAGACAAGCUGACGACCAACAAAUCGAACAAAAGUUGGAUUAAGCCACCUAAGAGACAAAAAAUGUUGAAAGAUCAUGUUUUUGGAGGCAACCAAAAUAAAAACUUUUCUAAUUCUCAUCAAAUGAAAACAACUACAAUUAUUCCAACAGUUUACAACUUAGUCGAUAUUGAUGCGAAGUCAUUGUUAAGCACUGUGGAUUAUUCUUCAUCUCUGUCAAUAAAUCAAAAUCAACGUACACCUCAUAUGAAUAGUAGUGAAAUAACAGAAAAUAAAACAACUGUUCAAUUUGGUUCAUAUCAGAAUAUAAGUGUUGCUAUGUUACAUUCUGAUCGAGUACUUAAUACAUCCAAUUCAUCUACUGUUAUUAAUUUAUCAACUCAAAUACAUGUUCAUAAAACAACUUAUAUUUUAUUAAUUCUUCUAGGAAUAGUUUUAUGCUUUAUUUGUUUAUUUAUUGUUUUACGUCGUUAUUUUGCUUCAAUUCGAUAUAAUCGUAAAGGUUAUACAUUAACUGUUGUAGAAGUUGAUGAAGUAAUAGCACCAAAAGUCAAUUCACCACAAUUUUUACCAGUUAAACAUAAUCGUCUUAGAAAUACUUCAAAAUCAAUAACAAAUCAUCAUCAUCAUAACGAUUUAAUACAUAAUUGGCAAUUGAAUGGUUAUGAAAAUCCUGCCUACAAAUUCAAUUCAAAUAAAACGGAUAGAUUUAAUAAUACAAAUCGUUAUCAUCAUCUUGGAUUAUUUCAUCAAGAUAAUAGUUUUGAUGAUUUCGAAAUUUAAUAAGAAAAAUUUCAAUUCUAUUUGUCUUCAGUCAAUUUACUGAGAACAGAAAGUAUUAGACAUUUUUUGUUGUUGUUUGUUAUUAACCUACUUACUUAUUACAUCUAAUCUGUUUUUAAACUAUCUAAUAUUUUAAAAAGAUUAUUGUAUAUGUAUCAUUAGUACUGUUUAUCCAUAUACAUACUAAAUCAUAAUGGCCUUCUUAUAUUAGUGAAUAAUAGAUUUUUUGGUUGUCCUUAUGGUAUCCAUUAAUAUCAUGUCUCUCAUAUUCAUUCGUGUUUAUUGUACACGUAAGGCAUCUAUUCAAGCCAUCUUUUUUUUAAUAAGUAUAGGCAUACCUACUCAUACAUGCGAAUAAUGUAUUUUUUAUUGUUGUUGUGUGCAAUAUUUAAUGGCUUUAUCAUUAUGAUCUUGUUUGUCAAUGCUUUUCUUUUGUUUAAAUUUGCUUAUUUCUUUCGUGUACAUGAACAAGACGGUUAUUUUUCUUUUCUUCUUUUUCAUUUAGAGCUUUUAAUCAUUAAUUUAUAUUUAUCCAUUUAUUUCAUUUGUAAUAUAGUUCCGUUUUUUUUAAAGAAAAAAAGUUGCAUAUGUGUUUAUAUUCACUUCUGUGCUUAUGCUUCACUUUUGCAUAUUUUAAAAAAAAAAUGGAAUUUUUAACUAUGGUUUAAUGUCUUUAAGCCUCCAAAUCGUUGAGUUGUUGUAGGUUCAAAUCUAAUGUAUCUACUAGAACUUUGACAUGUCAUACAACAUCAUGAUCGACGUACUAUAUUCAACGUAUGACUUGAAUCUUAAUACAUAGAAACUGGUAUUUAGUUAUUGAAGUGAGUUAGUGAUAAUCAGUUGUUUUCGCUUUAAAGCUAAACAAUAGUAUAUAUAUAUAUAUAUAUAUAUAUAUAUAUGAUAGGCUUAUUUGAGCCAGGGUCCUUGAUAACUGGUACUUCAGCAAAUCUUUUGUUGUUCCAUAUAGAGGUACGUUCGUCGCUCUUUGCAAUUGUAUUUAUCCAAUUGUUAUUGAAACAACUUACGCUUAUAUUCUGCUAUCAGUGUUACUUUCGCUUUUCUGCUUCAAUUGGAUUAAGUGAAAAAUACAAAUUUUUUAAAAUAAUUUAAUCAAC